CCGUAACCAUAUUAUCGGUCACUCACUGUUUAUUUUUUUUUUUAUGAAUUGCUAACAGAACGAGAAAACGGCAAAAAACAAGGAAACCUGCAACGGAUGCACAUGCCUUGAUCGCUCAUCCUCAAUAGCGCAUAUCGUCACUGUGAGUAUUAUCACCCUGAUCGUGUUUUACUUCCACAACCAUUCCGAUCUUCAGUAACCGUUUUUCUUUUUCUUCCUCUUUGCUUCCCCAACCCAUUCCCGAGUGUAUAGUACCUGCUCUAAUGCCCCGGUUUGUGCUGCACCGUCCCAGGGCACUCACGGCCGUUCAUUCGCCGUGUUCAUCCAUGCUGAAGGGAGUAUUCAUGCGCCUCACCGUGCAAUAUGCUGUUCAGCGCUCUCGCUCCCACCGUCGGUUCGUGCGCGCUCCGUCUCGCGCACACGCAAAACCCCGCCACGGGAUGUUCGUGAUGGAAAGAAGAGAAGAAAACAACCCUUACGGCAUGGGGAAGGACACUCACACCAACACUCGGUGCGCUACGGCAACACACACUCGGAACCGCAACCGAGUAAGCCCAGGCGCGCAACCGGACCAGGCGUUGUAUGCAAUUGCUGCUAGUCUUGCUGAAGAGUUCGUAGUGUAAACAUGUGCCAGCCGACGUCGACGUUUACUGACGACGCCUAAACGACGCAAACGACGGCUACGACUGGGAGAGAUAGUUUUUGUUUUACUUUCCGUUUUUUGUUUGUUUUCACAUAACAACAACAAAAAAAAAAAUCGUGUGUACCGCACACGCACAAAUAUUACGUGAUUUAUACACGUGAAAAUAGUUCCAGUGUGAUUACAGGAAGAAAAAAAUAAAAAAAAGUGCAGUGUUCCAUUGUUUCGUGAGUUGUUGAUUAAAACUUAACACGUGGAAAUUGUGUGCACCUUGUGUGCACCGUGUGUUGUAUGUGUACCGCACACACCGUAUGUGUGCGUACCUUGGUGGUGCCGGUGAGGUAGUAGCAGUAGAGGAAGAAAAUUAAAGUGAUCAGGUGCGUUAAAAGGGGGCGGGACACCAACACCGCGGAAUGUGCGACCGGCAGCAAUCGGUACCGUACCGUGUGUGUAUGGUGCGCGGUGUAUGCACACCCUUUCCACCACUAGCAGCACACCGCAAACCGGCAAACCGUGUCUACUAUCAACGGGACGGGUGAAUGUUGUAAAGGUGUACUACCACCAUUAGCAACCAACACCAAAACAUCACCAUUCCCACUCCGGCCUACACUCCUUCAUCACGCACCCAAAAAAAAAAGAGAAGAAAAAGAAGGAGGAAAAAAAUCCAACCUCCCCCAAAAACCCCGGCCCCAUACCACAGCAGGCUAAGGAGAAACAAAGCGAAAUCGAGCAAAGAAGAAGCAAAGAGAAAAAACACACACCAAUCAAACCAUUAGAAGAACGCGUUAGGCGCAUUCGAGUAAACAAAACAGCAAAGAGAAGAAGAAAAAAGUUGGUGAAAAUUAUUGUGCUUUUAGUUUGCGUUCAAAUCCCCCAAAAAGUUCGAUUCAUUGCGGUGGAGGCGCGUGGUCAUUCAAGUAUUAUUUUUUUUUUGUUAAAAAAAAAGUCGCUAGUGUUCGAGCGUUGUGAAUUGUGGUUUUUUUUUUCAACGUGUUUCUUCGCGCGUGUGUGUGUGUGAUUAGUGGCUGUAAAGUAGCAACUCUUCAAUCAGGCAACCGAGUACAGGGAACGAGCAUUAGCCCGGUUUUACACCAAAUCCCAAUCAAUGGUGUCCUGUAGCGUUGCUGUGUCGACGUACUACAACGCGGAAGGAAGUAUCAUGCCAUCUUCGACCAAGUUUUCCCUGCAAUUUCCUUCCUUGCCAUCCGGGCUACCGAAGGACAGUGAAAACGAUGCACUAGCGGACGGCGAUUGCUGCGUACAGUGCCCUCAGUGCCACCAGACGGUUCAGGGAAUCGAGGCGCUGAAAGAACACAUUCAGCUUAAUCAUAGCGGUAGUCCGGACGGUUCGAGGGCAAAGUUCUCGACCGGUACUGCCGUACCGGACGACGAGGACGAGGACGACGACGACGACGAAGGCGACAGCAACAACAUGGCGGAGGAAGACGAACAUCAUGUCGAUCCGGACGCAGCGUCACCACCACCUGCCGCACAACCGGAGCCACAACCGGUAACCGGUGUCGCGGGUGGACGUGCCAGCGGUGAUCUGGUCGGUAGCCGACUGCAGGCAAAAUGUGUCAGCUUGCUUCAGCUUCAGCAGCAGAAACAUCAAGCAACCAAAAUGCUGGACGAUGACGCGGAAGAUGAUGAGGCGGAGGACGCGGCCAGUGUGACACCGCGCGAUCUACUUAUGGCUGGUUUGGCACCGCAAACCGUACCGGUCAAUCUGCCGUACGGUCCACGAACGAUGGUAAUCAGCCCGGCACAGGACGGCAGCAGUAACUCCAGCAGCGGUCCCAGCUUACCGACCGGUGGCACGGUCAAGGAUAGCGAUCUGGCCGUGUACGACUGUUCCCAGUGUCAGACCACAUUCGCCAGCCGGGAUCAACUGGAACGGCACGAGCUGCAUCAUUUACCAUCGGCCGAUGCGCAGAGCUGCAAGGUGUGCCAUAAACCGUUCGCAAACGUUUAUCGACUCCAGCGCCACAUGAUCUCACACGACGAAUCGUUGCAGCGGCGCAAGUUUAAAUGCAACGAAUGUGAUAAAGCGUUCAAAUUUAAGCACCAUCUUAAGGAGCACAAACGCAUCCAUUCGGGCGAGAAACCGUUCGUCUGUCCGAACUGUGGCAAGCGCUUUUCGCACUCCGGCUCCUACUCGAGCCACAUGACGUCGAAGAAGUGCAUCAACAUGGGCAUCAGGAUCAACCACAACAACAACAACAACAACAAUAAUAACAACAACAACAACAAUAACAACAACAAUAGUAGCAGCGCCAACAACCACAACAUCAACAACAAUAGUGGCAGCGGCAGUGACAGUAAUCACCGUUCACCGCAGUAUCCAUUCCACGGUGGCAAUGGUCUGACGGGGAUACCGAACGGGCAUAGUCUCGGUACCGGUGGGCUUGGCCGCACGCCGAUUAGCUUGCGGCCCCAGCACGGUGUGAGUGUGCUGCACCGCGAACUGGACAUUGCUAGCCGGCUCGGGCUGGUAACGUCACCGUCGCCCACAUCCUCUUCCUGCUCGUCGGCAACGCGGCACGAGCUGGAAGCGACCGGACAGCCGGGUGUCGAUCCGCUGCUGCUCAGCAAGAUACAGCACGCCUCCCUGCUUGCGUACUCGUUCGCCAUGCUGGAUCCGAACAUGUUGCGCUUGUUCGAUUUUUCUGCCGCCGCCCAACAGCAUCAGCAGCAGACGGUGACCGGUAGCGAGACGCACGAACCGCUGCUGGACGAUGGUCAGCAGCGGUCGCAAACCGGUGACGAUGAUGAGCAACGGCCAGAAUCGGCCAGACGGCCUGCAUCGUCGAUUGAUGUCGUGUCGCUACCAGCAGACGCCGGCAACGAUCAUCAACCGAACCCGCCGGAUAGUGACCGUAUGGAGGUGGAUGAGGAGCAGGAUGAGUGUUGCGCCGAGGAGAAGGUGGAGGUGGUGAUGGUGUCCGGGUCUGACCCGGUUACAACCCAACAUUCCACAACGUUCCCUGAUGGUAGAAGUCGGACGGAGGAAAGGGAUGGAAGCAACGGUAACAACCAAACAACCAGUGAAACGAACGAAGGAUGUCAACAGCCACCAAACGGCGAACGCGUGGAGGAUAUUGAAUGUAAGCAUGGUUUGCUACCGAAGCAAGAACCACCAGAGGAGCUAGUGCCGGAAUCGACCAGUACGGACACGGCUGGAACACAGCAACACCAGCACAAAUCACCGCCUGCGACGGUAAGGAUGAUCACCGACGAAGAUUUGAACUAUGGCGCACGUGACAAACCGGUCAUAAAAGCAGAACCGUCCGAGGAGGUUACCGGCAUUGAGCAGAUGGAAAUGGCCGAACUGAAGCUAACCGAUCGUGACGAACGGGUACGCUUCUCUUCCCCGUCCGCCACGUCUUCGCACUCCCCAUCCGUGUCGGGUUCGCCGUUGCACUGUCUCUACUGUAGCGAGGAGUUCGCAACCGAGCCGGAAAUGUUGCAGCAUGCGCGAAUGUUUUGCAAACGCUCGCUACUGUUGAACCCGUUCGUGAGUGGGUCGGGAUCGUUGGCGCCCGCCGCUAAUGGUACGACGAUCGGUACAAGCAGCACCAGCGGUAAUAGUAGCAGCAGCUGCAGUGAGGACGAUACCGACUACGAUACGGUCGCACUAAAGGGUGACUGCGGUGUUGGUGGCGGUGGGUACGGACUUCACGACAGUAUUGCGGGUCCCGGCAAUAUUGGCCUGACGGGACCGCAUGGUGGUGCGGGUGGAGGCGGAAAGGUGCGUGUACGUACCUCCAUCUCGGAGGAGCAACAGAACGAGCUGAAAAAGUACUACGCACGGAACAGUAAACCGAGCCGGGACGAGUUUCAGGCGAUCGCCCAACACGUCAAGAUGGAGGCGCGCGUCGUGCAGGUGUGGUUUCAAAACAAUCGAUCGCGCGAACGCAAGAUGGGUGCCGGCAGUGUGCGGCCGUAUGCAAACGGUGGUCUAGCAGGUGCGCAGACGGUGACGACGGUAGCGGCAUCGAUUUCCCCGCUUCAUGCGGACCGUGCACCGUCGGUAGCUAGCGAACAGGAUGCGGGCGAUCAACCGCUCGAUCUGUCCGUCAAGAAGGGUCUGCUGACGGUCGGGGAGGCACUGCUUAGUGCCGCCACCAAUUCGCAAGCUGCCGCAUCGGCUUUAGCUGCCGGUACACUGCCAGCGGUACUGCUGCAAGCGGACACAAUGUCCGCGCUGAACGAAGCGAUGAACCUCAGCAUUAAGACGUCCUGUUCGCCGACGGCAUUCUUCUACCAUGACAUUCAUCCGAUCCACGGGGUGACGGCUGGACCGCAUGCGCACGGUACCGGUACCGGGAACCCGCUCAAGCUCGGUCUCGGUACGGGGCUUCCACGGGACACACCCUCGCCUCAGGACGGACGGGGACAGCACACCGCUGCAUCGCAAACGGGUCGGACCGCAUCCCAUACGUACGGCAAAUACCCGCCCUUACACGGUCUGCACCAUCCACACCAUCAUCCACAUCAUCCGGCCAACCUUGCCAAUAUGGACCAACUGUUGCGGCAAUUCUCACCGAAACUUUCCGCUGCGGCGGUAGCCGCCACCGGUGGUACGGUGGGCCGGGCCAGCCUGAGUCCCGGUGCGCGCGACAUGCUACCGGACGACGGCAGUUCCAAGUACUACGGCACCUUCCCGGACAAGAAGCACCUGCUGCAGUCGAUGCUGAACGUGCCGAAACGGUUGGCCGGUGCGUACGGGCUCGGUGGUGGUAAUGGGGCGGCCGGUGUGACGACCGGCGGUAAGGAUGCCGGUCCACUUACCCAUCCGGCUCCGGACGCCGAGGGUCAGUACGUCUGUGAUCAGUGUGACAAGACGUUCAGCAAGCACAGCUCCUUGCAACGGCACAAGUACGAACAUUCGGGCCAACGUCCUUACAAGUGCAUGGAAUGUCCAAAAGCGUUCAAGCACAAGCAUCAUCUGACCGAGCAUAAGCGUUUGCACAGUGGCGAGAAACCGUUCCAAUGUUGCAAGUGUCUGAAGCGCUUUUCCCAUUCCGGCUCGUACAGCCAGCACAUGAACCAUCGUUACUCGUACUGCAAACCGUACAGGGAGGGCAAAUAAGGCAACGGCCUGGGGCGGGAUGUUCCGUCCCCCGGUGUUGGCCUUGCCGCUCCCUACGAUCGCGAUCCUACCCUUUCCGCACCGCAGCAACCGCGUGGACUACGUCGGGGGCGUGGUGGUAGACAUGCCCACGCAUCCACCCACGGAUACACCCGGUCCCGUGCAGCAGAACAGAAGCAACCGUAUCCUGGACCACCACCCGCAUCAUCAUCUGGUUCACUACCGGCAGUAGUACAUACGUCACCGCACCUGGAUGUGGAUGACGAGCGGCACUGCGAAUUAGUACAGCAACCCAUCUACCAUCACCAUGGUCACCAUAACCACCAUCAACACCAUAGCAUACCAGCAGGCCCACCGAUAUUACAAUCAGCCAACACACAAGUAGUAGCAUCCGACGCCAUACUGCUACCUCCGCACCGGCAUCAAACUGGAACGCAGCAGCAUCACCACCAUCACCACCAUGCACUGUCGCUGCUCGCCUCGGUAGACGCACCAUCACCAUACCUCAGCCGAAGACUGUUCGUUGAUCGCUACCUGAGUUCGACCAGCCUAAACGUGCCGUUUCUUACCGGUGCCGAACACGGCAUGGCAAGCAGUAGUAUCGGUGCAACGGUCGGUGGUAGUGUUGGCGGUUUACACUGAGUAGUUCAGUUCCGGUACGAGAUGCAGCCCACUACAAGCACGGUAUGUCUGUAACGGUCUGGGGCUUUAGACGUUAUUUAUAGGCGGCUAGGAUCGUAUAUGUUUUUUUUUUUGCGGGCAGCAGUGCAGAAAUCGUCCAUCGUAGCCAUGACAAACAAUUAUUUUCUAAUGACUAACAACAAACAAACACUGAAGCAGAAGCGGAUGAGAACGAUACAGGCGUGUGAAGGAUAUGCAAGUUAUGAGCCCUAGAAGGGACUCAAGUUAUUAUUUUUCAAUAUUUUAAUGCUAGUUUUCUAUGAUAGAUUUUAAUGUCGGCCUAUCUAUGCCUCAACACACUACUCUUUACACCCGUAAUACCGUCCCCUGUCACCUCUUUCUCCACACCACCACAUCCACUACCCUACCUUUUUUAAUGCUAAAAAAACCCAUAGCUCUAAAUCAUAUAUACUUAUUAGAUGUUUUUAUUUGCGGUUCUCCACAUGAGGUAAUCGAAUGGAAUCGAAUAAGGAGACGAAUCCAGACCAGUUUAAAUGUUUAGCAUAUGUGCACUAAAUGUGCACCGUGCCGCUUACUCUAAAAUCAUUCGUUAAACCCAAUCUGACAGCGUGUGUCAGACAAGACGAUUAGUAUUAUCAUUGCCCAUGAGACACGGUUUGUUUUGUUUCGUUAGGAAGCUUAUUAUUUUAUCGUAAACUCUUCUUUGUUUUUUUUGUGUUUCAUCUUUAUCUCCGUUAUGAACGAGCUAGUAAAAACAUAAUACUAAACGUUCUGGUACGGAUCUGGUUUCACAUUAACCCUUUAGUAUUUCUAUUUUUCUUCCAACACAAAAUACGUUAGCUAGGAUAGGAAAGAUGUUACGAGGCAAUGGCCCUGGUACCAACGGGUACUGAACACCUGUCAAAACUGAACAAAUUGAACACAGCUAGUAGACACACACAAAAACACUGUAUUCAACGUUUAUUUUUCUCCUUUCUUUUCUCUCUCUCUCGCAUUCUCUCGCUUACGCUCCCAAAAAGUCGUACUUAAAGAAAUAAAAGAAAAGAUAAUACAGGAUGGCAUACUAUGCGUACGUGCAAAAAACAAAAGCUUUUCAUUGAAAGCAAAGUUCGGAAUGUGACAGUGUCAUACGACAUGCAUUUAUUAUUACUAUUAGUUUUACUAUUACUGAUACACACCUGCAAAACAGGUAGUCCCUGAGAUACACGGUACCUCUUAUAAGCGGAUUUUCAGAUUUCAACAUUUGACAGCUCAGUGAUUUUAUAGCACAAAAUUUAAACAACUAAGUUAAAAUUUGCUUGAUAAUGCCUUCUAAUUCAAUCAAACAAUUGUUUACAUAAUUU